AUGACACAGCACAGCACCAACGGCCUGACAGUAGGCGGUGGCAGCAACACCAAUGGCGGCGGCGGUGGUGGUGGCGGCGGCGACGACGGUCUCCAGGCGGGCCGUGCACGUGUGGGAAACGGCAGCACAGAGGAUCUUAAGAUCGAGGUCGCGUGGACGCGCAUGACGCCCGACAUGUGCGACAACAUUUGCCGCACCAUUCUUGACCGCGAGGCGGAGGUGCCGGUGCGGGUGGUGGAUCUCAUCGACAACCAACUGGGCCCUGAGCAGACACAGAAAAUUGCGUCGGUGCUCGAGUCUUCCGCCGUGCGUGACGUGCUGCUGCGGUACAAUGACAUAGGCAAGGAGGGAUGCAACGCGCUGGCGAGUGUUGUGAACGUCUCCACGAAACUACAGCUGCUUGAUAUUCGCGGUAACGGCCUCUCCGCGGGGUGUGUGCGCAAUCUGAUAAAGUCCAUCUCCAUGUCCACGGCACUGACGCGGCUGGGGCUUAGCUCAAACAAGAUUGGCGAGGAGGGCGCAGCUCUGCUGUACAAAGGGCUCGAGAAGAAUGCAUACCUCACGGCACUCGACGUCUCGCUCAACGAGAUUGGUCCAAAGGGCGCUGUGAGCAUCGCGAAACUACUCGCACUCCCCGCAUCACCGCUGAAGAGCCUGCUGGUGUACGGAAAUCACCUUGGAUGCGCCGGUGUCGUGGCGAUUGCGGGGGCGAUGCGGCAGAACCGGUGCCUGACGGAGUUAACACUCGGCAACAACAAUGCCACCGACGCGGCCACCGCAGAGCUGGCUGAUAUGCUGCGUGAAAACGCCACACUGGAGUACUUGGACCUUCGCCUCAACACCCUUACCGCGGUGGGCGUGCGCAACCUCGCACGUGAUGGUCUGGCACACAAUACCUUCCUGCUGUCGCUCUGCCUAUCGGGCAACCCGAUCGGCAGCGUUGGUGGCGACGAGAUCGCCAAGACGCUUAUCAUGCACCAGAACGGCGGUCUUACUCGGCUCGAUCUCAGUUCCUGUGAACUUGGGCCCACGGGUUGUAUGCGCAUCGCCAACCUUAUCUCCGCGACCACCACACUCAACGAGGUGAACCUGAGUGACAAUAAGCUCGAUGACGAGGCUGCUGUCGUUCUCUCGAGGAGUAUUGUCAACAGUAUCUCCAUCUCGAUGUUGGACCUGUCCUCCAACGAUAUUGGGGAAUGGGGGGCAAGUAAUCUGAUCGACGCAACACAGCUUAACUCCCGCAUGUCGUCACUGGUCCUCCAGGGGAACAACAUCAACCGUGUGGUGCAGAAGAAAAUUGAUACACUGCUUGAUGAACGCCUCUCCCGUAACCGUGUUCAGCAUCAGCAGGCCACUCUCCACUAUCAACAGCAGGUGAUAAAACAAAUUGCAUGA